UUUGCAAUCAACCAUCAAGAGGGGGCGUACAGAUUCCAUGAUGCAUACAGAUUUCGUGUGCACAUGACGCUUCGGACAAAAAUGGACACUCUGACUAUAAUUAGGAAUAAACUAACGUUUAGUCAACGAGCCAUUUUCCGAACAACUUGUUUUGGACAUUUAUUGGAGUUGACGGAGCCACGGUUCAGUGCCGUUUUAAUUCAGGCAAUGUUAUUAUGUAUGAUCAACCGCGGAAACCCAGACAAAGAAAUGUGGUUCAGAAUAAAUGGCGUUGAAUUUCGAUUCAGCCCUGUUGAGUUUGCACUCGUGACUGGUUUGAUUUUCGGGGAUAACAUUGACGUUUCCAAUUACGUUGAUUGCACGGAUACGCCUCGAUUGAGAGCAGAGUACUUCCCGAACAUUCAUAGGUUGUUGUCUCAUGGGGAGAUCGAGCAAGCAUUUGACAAUGAAGUUUGGGGAGACAAUGAUGAAGACACAGUGAAGUUUGCGGUAUUGUAUUACGCAUUUGCAGGUUUAUUAGGGGCGGACAACAGAACCAAAGUACCUGAUCAUUUUUUGCACUUAGCGAACAAUUUAGAUGCAUUUAGUCUAUACCCAUGGGGAACACUGACAUGGAAUAAAACAGUUGACUCCAUACGGAAAGGUAUACAUAACAAAUAUCAAUAUUGUGUUGAACAUUACCCGCCGUACACAAGUCCACUCCCACUUCUGAGUUACAGUGUUUUGGGAUACCCGAUUGCUUUCCAAUAUUGGAUUUAUGAGACGAUUCAGAAUCUAUCGCCUUAUGUCCGUUUCGAAGCAAAUGAUCGAAUCCCCCGUAUCCUCAAAUGGAAAACAGUUGUACUGCCUACAUGGGAUGACAUAUCGAUCAUUUGGGACGCUUCUCCGGAGGAGAUUACCACUGCAUUACAUCCGACUGAGAUUGAGCGUUACACUGAGUGGUAUAUUCGAGCUUUGGAGUUUAUGGGAGAAAACGCACCACCUAUGCAUUCAGAUGAUGAUGAUGUCACCCAGUCGAACCGGCCUGUUGCCUUUCAGACAGCCCCCAGAGGGUCUGAAACGUCUUCCACUGCUUCCGUACGGAUGUCAUCAUCACGACGUGACAGACCCGUGGUGCCUAGGACGUCUCCUAUUAGACAUAUAUCCCCUCUGCAUGUGUCAUCCUCCCGCACAGCAUACCCUCGAGGGUCACGUAGGGACACACCUAAUGUACCUGCUUCCCCACCACGGAGGUCUACUUCUCGCGCCUCCCAUUCUCGAGAGCAUCCGGUGAACGAGCCUGCAAGACACUCGGUCCAUGGGACGGCGUAUAGUGGUGUUCCAUACGACCGUCUUCAACAAAUAUUAAUGGAACAUGGAAGAGGCAUCAGCUCUCAGAUGCAGCAGCAAUUGGACCAACAUGGUGUAAUGAUACGUGCGGAGUGGGAGCAACAGUCGUCAGCGUUUCGUGAGGAUAUGCAGUCCUAUUGGCAACAACAAGCAUCGACGUUUCGGGGGGAGAUGCAGGACCAAUGGCAACAACAACAUUCGACAUUUCGGGGCGAGAUGCAGGACCAAUGGCAACAACAACAAUCGACGUUUCGAGGGGAGUUGCAGGACCAAUGGCAACAACAAGCAUCGACGUUUCGAGGGGAGAUGCAGGACCAAUGGCAACAACAAACAUCGAUGCUUCAAAGGGAAAUGCAGGAAAAAAUGCAAUCAUUAAAUAAUCGAAUUACAGCAAUUAAGGGUUCUUAUGUUCAGGCAUCCGAAUCAGUACAUUUAGACGAAUCAUCAGACGAGGAAGUCCAGCAACAAGUUCAAGACCAACCAAUAGCUGCCCAGAAGCCGACAACAACUAAAAAAAUGUCAGCUUUCGGCCGUGUACUGCGAAAAGGGAAACAGUUGGUCAGUCCCUUCACAAAUCCAGAAAAGGGGAAAAAGAACAAACAAUCAGUAAUUGAAAGACUUGAUUUUGACCCUAAGUUGGCUGGGUGCUAUUCAGAGUUCACAUUAUGGUACGGUCGAGCGUCUGAUAAUGACAAUCGACGCGUCUUCCUCGGGGGACCAGCCGGAACGACUGCCCGUAUGCCCAAACCAUGGUGGACCCAAAUUGUAACACUAGGACAAUGGUUGGAAAACACGCAUAUUGAAGCUUUUAUGGGUAUACUCCGUAAAUCUUAUCCAGAUGGUAACUGGACAACUGUUUCCACCCAAUUUGUUGGACUUCUCCCACAGUGUUACAGUGAGUUUAAACAAUUGGGUGCAAAGAUGGAGUGGCCUACGUUAUUUCUAGAUCAAAUCAAUGGCAUCUCGCUUCGGACAAAAGAAUUCUUUCGACCAUGGAGUAGUGUUGGCAAGGUAUUCAUUCCGCUGAACUUCGACAACCAACAUUGGGUGUGUGGCGUAUUGGAUAUAAAUGAAUGGACGAUGUAUAUAUACGACUCUGCCCAAUAUACUGAUAGCAUAGAGAGGGUGAAGAAGUUAUUGAUGCCAUUUAGGACACUAACACACCUAAUGAAGGCGAGUAACUUCUAUAUGUCAAAGGGAAUUCCAUCGCCCGAUCCUCCACCGACAUUACAAUACAGGUGUGUUCGUGAUGUCCCAAAACAGGAUGUUGGAAGCGGAGAUUGUGACAUUUUUUUACUCAUGUUUAUGGAAUACCUUGCCCGAGAUCACCCAUUUAAUUUCGCAUCAACACAUUCCAGGAGGUUAAGAAAGCGCGUGGCUACAACCAUAUUCCAAGGAAGGGCCCUCAGCUUUGAGGAUUUCGAUUAAGGCAUGGAUGGACGGGCAUGCAAAUGAAUUGGAUGUCAUUUUAUUAUUAUUUGAAAUAUGUAUUUUAUUAUUGAUUGAAAGGUGUAUU